UAUCAAGACUUUCGAAAUAUCCAAAAAUUAUUGAAACAGCCGGCAAUCAUGAGCCUCUCAUGCCUCCACUAGCUGCCGUGCAGCAGCUCAGCAAUGUUGGCUGCUGGCAGCAGUGAGAUCAGUGACUUUGGGCCGAACUCGCAGCGAUUAUCGGUUGGCACCACGCCCAAGCGACCGCACAAGGCCGUUGGUGGUGGUGGUGGAGGUGGCCAUCGUCCUGGCCCAAUGACAACUGGCGGCACCAGCGGAUCAGCGGGAAGCGGUAACGGAGCAGCCAGAGGAGGCGGAGGAGCACCCAUGACUGCCACCACUGUGACAGCGACGACGGGCAAGGCCACGGUCAGCGGUCAUGGCGGCCAUGGGCACGCGAGGGGGGUGGUUCGCAGUGCCCCCAACCCACCGGGCGGACGCUCCAAUGUGGACGGAUUCGUGGGGGGCAUCGAGACGUAUCUGGGCCUCAUUGGGUGGCGAAAGAAGUGCCUGUACACCCUGCUCCUGCUGCUGAUGCUGCUCAUCAUCACAAAUCUGGUGCUCACCCUCUGGAUACUGAAAGUGAUGGAGUUCUCGACGGAGGGCAUGGGUCAGCUGAAAAUCGUACCCGGUGGCAUACAGCUGUCGGGACAGGCGAUAAUUAUGGACAUGCUGCGCGCAUCGACAAUCCGUUCGCGGCACGGCCAGCCCAUCUCCAUAGAGUCAUCACGUAACUUUUCAAUCAAUACACGUGACCCGAAUGGCAUGAUUGAGAAUCACUUAUUCCUGGGACACGACAAGUUCGAGUGCCUGUCGGCGGGCUUUCGCAUAAACGACACCAACGGACGCAGCCUGUUCUCGGUGAAUCGGAAUGAAGUCACAAUCGGAGCCCACGCCCUGCGGAUCGAGGGCGAGGGCGGCGCUGUCUUCCGGGAGUCCGUGCAGACGCCCCAUGUGCGCGCCGAGCCAGGAAGGGAACUGAGACUCGAAUCGCCCACCCGGCAAUUGGAGAUGACGGCGGCCAAGGACAUCAAUUUGCAAUCGCGGGCAGGCGGCAUAGAAGUCGUGGCCCUGGAAGAUGUCAAGUUCCGAGCCCUCGAUGGGAGCCUGCGACUGGAGUCCUCGAAGAUACUCAUGCCCAAUUUACGGACGGCCCAGCCGCCCAUCCUGGGCACGGCCCAAAGCAGGGAUCACAUGCACCGCGUCUUCCAGCUCUGCGCCUGCUCCAACGGCAAGCUCUUCCUGGCGGCACCGCACUCCAUAUGCGCGGGCGACGACUCCACCGUCUGCAGAUGAUUGCACGACAGCGCGCGAUGGCAGUCCACAUCCACAUCCACGUCCAGAUCCGCAUCGAAUUCCGACUAAGAGGAGCGAGUCACGACUAUAGCCGAUAUCUGUAGGCACAGGCAUCACCCAAAACGCACACGUACAUGUUGAAUUACUCAUAUGCUAACUGUAACAUAGAACGGUAUGCCAUAUACACCUAAUUAGUGGAACAUAUGAUUACGGAUACCCGAUAAAUGAUUAAUGAUUAAUGAUUACCCAUCAUGCCAUCAUACCCACUCUCGAGGGAAUUAGGGAACUGUACCCAGACUCGAAGGACAAAAUCAAGAGCUUCUUAGACACUUGGAUGUUGUGUACUCACUAGUAUAACAAAAGGCUAAUCGGAGGCAUAGGCAUUUCCCCCAUAGACAUACAUACUAAACAUCACCGAAGAAGUUAUAUAGGAAAAUAUGAAAUCAUAGUCAGAAACAGUCGAAACCCAUAAUCUGUAUUAUCGUUAAUUGCAGCCUAACAUUAUUUUAACUAUUAUAAAUUGGGAGUCUACCAGUGGACCUGUGUGUUUUGUCUUUUGUUACCCCAAAAACAAGAUCAUAUUGUAAUUCGCCUUAAAAGUAUUUCUAAUAGUUUUUAAUUUUAAAUAUUAAUUUUUUUACACGCAUUAUUGAUAAACGAAUUAAUAAAAUAUUAAAAUUUACGAGGA